GAGGAAGAAGAGGAAGAAGAGAGGUUAGAUUUAAAGUCAUGGUUCCUCCACCUUCCCUGAGUCCUCCUCUUCCUCCGGCUCUCCGCCCUGCAGCCCGCAGGCUCAGUCCGUGUGUCCGGAGUGCGCUCCGCCGCAGCCUCUCCGUGCCUGCUGAAAUGGGUCUGACAGUGUGUGAAGGAGCUGAGCAUUCACCUGCGGGACCGCUGCUGCUCUCUGCUCGAAUUUAAAGGACUUCAGAAGGUUUGUGUCGCUUCCUCUGAGCGCGGUCUGUGGAGUUUGUGGGUUAUGGCGCAGUCUGAAGGUUUUUUAAACCUGUUUUGAGCGCAAUGGGGGGACGUGGCUGCGCAGGUGAACACGUUGAAUCUCAGGUCCCGCCGCCUGAAAACAACACAGCGACUGAGACUUGGUGGGAGUGAUUUCUGUCACUGGUGGACAUUUCCCUGCAGAAGAAGCGCAUUUAGGGCCGCGGUGAGCGGCUCCAAACUUCCAGGCAGCAUGAAGAGGAAAGCAGACUGAGUUCACGGCGACGGUUCAGCUACGGUGGAAGCGGACGACCUGCUGGCUGGAGGAUGGCCCGUUGGAAGGAAGGCGCCCCCCUCCUGCUGGUUCUGCUGGUUGUGUUCGGCCUGCAGUCAGAGGCCACGCAUGUGGCUCAGGUUAACAACUUGACACAUCACCAGAACAUCACGCUGGCUGUCAUUUUACCACAGAACAACACUAAAUACCCGUGGGCUUGGCCUCGCGUCGGCCCCGCCGUGAUCCGGGCUAUCAGAAACAUCAACGCAGACCCCACUCUGCUCCCCAACUGCCAUCUCAUGUACUUCUUCAAGAACAGCGAAAACAAUGACGGGAUGUGCUCGGAGUCUGUUGCUCCGCUCAUGGCAGUGGACCUUAAACUUGCCCAUGACCCCUGGGCUUUCAUUGGGCCCGGCUGCUCCUACAGCUCCGCCCCUGUUGGCCGCUUCACCACCCACUGGGACAUCCCUAUGGUUACUGCAGGAGCUCCAGCUGUAGCCUUUUCUGAUGGAACGUACCCGUUCCUCACCAACACGGGCCCCACCCACAAGAACCUCGGGAGGUUUGCGUUCCGGAUCUGUGAGCAUUUUGGGUGGCGGGAACGUGUCAUGCUCGUUUUCAGUGACAACAAGGUGGACGACCGGCCAUGUUACUUCACCAUAGAGGGUUUGUACUCGGAGCUGACCAACAUCACUGUAGAACGUGCGUUUAAUGAGGACCAGCCAGCAUUCAGCUACUCCCACAUCAUCUCCGACAUUAAGGAUGCCGGACGAGUGAUCUUCAUCUGCUGUUCUCCCGACUUCUUCAGGAAGUUGAUGGUGGAGUUCAAACGGACGGAUCUUCCUCAUGAACAGUACGUCUUCUUCUACCUCGAUAUGUACGCCGAAACCCUGAAAUCCAAACGCCGCCAGCCAUGGCACCGCGGGGACCCCGAGGAUGUCUUUGCCAAGGAAGCUUUCAAGAAUGUGAAGAUCCUGACGUACCGAGAGCCUCUGAACCCAGAGUACCAAGAGUUUGUCCAAAACCUGAAGACAGACGCCAAGGAGAUGUUCAACUACACCGUAGAGGACUCCCUGAUGAACAUCAUAGCUGGAGGAUUUUAUGAUGGCCUGAUGCUCUACGCUCACGCCUUGAACGAGUCCAUGUCAGCACCUAAUGUCCGUCCGGAGGGGAAAGACGUGACCAGGAGGAUGUGGAAUCGAACCUUCCACGGUGUAGCAGGUCCGUUCCACGUGGAUGAGAACGGGGACCGAGAGACUGACUUUGCUCUGUGGGACAUUGUGGAUACCAACAGCUGCACCUUCCAGAUCGCUCUAGUGUACAACACCUUUGAAGAGCAGCUGACCGCCAUACCUGGAACACGCCUGCACUGGCUGGGCGGAGCUCCUCCCCCCGAUACUCCCGUCUGUGGCUUCAAGAACGACAACCCGGUCUGCCUCGCAAAGACCAUCACCAUCCAUCAGAUGGUCUCCAUUGUGGUCUUCUUCAUCUUCACCAUGACCCUGACCGUCGCCAUCUUCAUCUACAGGAGGAUGAAGCUGGAGAAGGAGCUGGUGGCUCAGCUCUGGAGGAUUUCCUGGGAUGACAUCCAGAUGAGUAACCUGAACAAGGUGCUGCGGAGCGGCAGCAAGCUCACGCUGUCAUUGAGAGGUUCAAACUACGGCUCCCUGAUGACCGGAGACGGGAACCUGCAGAUCUUUGCAAAGACCGGAUACUACAAGGGGAACAUCGUGGCCAUCAAAUACAUCAACAAGAAACGCAUCGAGCUCAACAGGAAGGAGCUGUUUGAGCUCAAACAUAUGAGAGACGUCCAGAAUGAACACCUGACCAGGUUCAUCGGCGCGUGCAUCGACCCCCCCAACAGCUGCAUCAUCACAGAGUACUGCUCCAGAGGCAGUCUGCAGGACAUCCUGGAGAACGACAGCAUCACUCUGGACUGGAUGUUCAAAUAUUCUCUCAUUAAUGACAUCGUAAAGGGCAUGGUGUUUCUCCACAACAGCGUCAUCUUCUGUCACGGUAAACUCAAGUCCUCAAACUGCGUUGUAGAUAACCGCUUCGUCCUGAAGAUCACCGACUACGGUUUGUCCAGCUUUCGAUCUGAGAGCGACUCAGCAAGCGACGCUCAUGCCUACUACGCCCAGAGGUUGUGGAUGGCUCCAGAGCUGCUCAGGAUGGAGUGUCCUCCUCCUCAAGGAACCCAGAAAGGAGAUGUCUACAGCUUUGGCAUCAUCCUCCAGGAGGUGGCGCUGCGACGAGGAGCCUUCUACCUGGACGGAGACCCGCUGAGCCCUAAAGAGAUCGUGGACCGGGUGGUUCUGGGCGAGUGGCCCUGCCUGAGGCCGACCGUCGACCCGCAGAGCGACCGUCCUGAGCUGGGUCAGCUGAUGGAGCGCUGCUGGGCCGAAGAGCCGACGGAGAGACCCGAGUUCAACCAGAUCCUAGUGCUGCUGCGCAAACAGAACAAGGAGUCGAGGACCAACAUCCUGGACAACCUGCUGUCCCGCAUGGAGCAGUACGCCAACAACUUGGAGGAGCUGGUGGAGGAACGAACACAGGCCUACCACGAGGAGAAACGCAAGGCUGAGGCCCUGCUGUACCAGAUACUACCACACUCGGUGGCCGAGCAGCUGAAGCGUGGAGAGACGGUUCAGGCUGAAGCCUUCGACUCGGUCACCAUCUACUUCAGUGACAUUGUGGGCUUCACCUCCAUCUCAGCAGAGAGUACGCCGAUGGAGGUGGUGACUCUGCUCAACGACCUCUACACCUGCUUUGACGCCAUCAUCGACAACUUUGAUGUUUACAAGGUGGAGACCAUCGGCGAUGCCUACAUGGUGGUGUCGGGGCUGCCGGUGAGGAACGGAAAGCGGCACGGAAGAGAGAUCGCCCGCAUGGCACUCGCCCUGCUGGACGCUGUCCGAGCCUUCAAGAUCCGCCACCGACCGGAGCAGCAGCUGAAGCUGAGGAUCGGAAUACACAGCGGUCCCGUGUGUACGGGGGUGGUGGGUCUGAAGAUGCCUCGUUACUGCCUGUUUGGCGACACCGUCAACACGUCGUCACGCAUGGAGUCCACCGGUGAAGCAUUGAAGAUCCACGUGUCGGCGGCGACUCGAGACAUCCUGCUGGAGUUCAACUGCUUCCAGCUGGAGCUCAGAGGAGAAAUCGACAUCAAGGGCAAAGGGAAGAUGACCACCUACUGGCUACUGGGAGAGAGCGACAGCCAGUGACAAAUCAAAGCAGACAGGAGGAUGAUAGAAAAGGAUGGAGGAAACAAGGGAAGGAAUGGAGGAGAGAAAAGGGGGAAACACAGCUACAGAUUAGGAGGAUGAGGAAAGGAGAGAAGGGAGCAGAGCUAAAGGAAAGGAGGACUCUCCUUAAACGUCUCAGGCCAUCAUUGUCCUGCAGCAGAUCCUCAGAGGACUCGUCGUUGUUUCUCGUCUCUGAGCAAAAGGACUUUGAAUGGAUUCAGACUCUUGGACAGGGAGGAAGUGACGGUACGUUCAGCACACAGGAACUCAAACUGUAAGAAUGAUGGAGGAGAGACGUGAAGGGCCUGACAGAGCUGGGAACACAUUAUCAGACUUCUUAAACUCUGUGGUGCAGGUUGGGUCUUUUCCAGUUUCAGCAGGUUUCUCUCUUCAGAGCUCGGAUCAGCAGUUUUCUAGUGCUGGAAAAAAAAGCUUUUAACCACAUGUACACCAUCAGAUUUAAACCAGGACCCUUAUUGUUGUGAGUCUGCAGUGCCAGCUGCUGCAUCAAUGAGGUGUCUAAUCCUAGUCUGAGCUCAUUACUGCCCCCUGAGGCCAAAGACUGGAAACGCCCACGUCCACUACCUGACAAUUAGAAAAAUCACCGCCUGUACAGAAAGUUGGAGGUUUGUCCUGUUUUGAAGCCUUUGAGAACCAAACAUCACAUCACGCUUCUGUGGGGGGGGGGUAAAUCAUGGCAGACGGAUUCUGCCGUAGCCCCUCCCACAACCUCUGACAUCAGUGGGUCCAAUGUUGAGCACAGUGAUUUCGUGGAGCUUCUCCUGGAUUGGGCACCAGCGGUGUUUCAGCAGGAUGGAGGUUUAAAAUGAGCUCGUCACACAGCAGGACAUGAUGUGAAAAGAUGAACAUGCUCAAUGUCCUCAGUGUUGUGCUCUGAUUUGAAUGUGCUGCGUCGUGUUGGUCGAUGAUACAGAAACAAAAUCACCGACCAGUAAAGCAGGAGCUCAACCUGACACAGCUGUAAAACUGGAACUUUAAAAGAAAGCAAACUUCAGUUAUUACAUAAUUGUAAUAAUAACCAUUAAACAGUCCUCCUGCUUUCUCUUUCCUCUUUGAUUUCAUGUGACCUCUCUGAGUGGACAGGAGCGAUCAAACAGGGAAAGAACUCCACAACAUAAAAAAACACCUGAGGAGGCAAAAAGCUGGAGGCUCCGAGGUUUUCAGACAGUUUUACUAAAGAAAAGCCUCGGGUAAGACACACUGUUGGACGUGGUUAACUUCAGUGUUUCCUGUGUGGAGACUUAUGGAAUCAUCUCUGUACAGCAGAUCAGGUCUUCUGUCUCAGCAGGACGUGCUAAGCUCAGAGGAAGCUGUUCAGGAGU